CGUUUAUGGUGCCGGUUCGAGUGCGUUUAAUUUGGCACGUUCGAUUGUGGUGGCGUGGUCGUAGUGCGUGAAAAAUGACACCGGGACCGACGACGAAGAUCGAUCUUACGAUGGCGACAGGCGGCGGCAGUGGUAUGUCCGGACCGGAAGAGCGAAAGCGCUGUGGCGAAACAAUCCAUUCGGGCCAGUUUAUGGUGUCGCACUUCGAAACCGAAGGGGCCGAGGACGACGAUGACGAUCUGGGCAUGCAGGUGGAUCAGGACGUCAAGCCGAGCCUGAUCUCAGCGGAUCCGACGAUCCUGCCGGUACCCACGGCCGAGGGAGUAUCGAAUUCGGGAGCACUGGGCCCACUGCGAAGCGCCAGUAACAAUGCAAGCAUCACCGAACAGAACCAGCUCGCCCGAUAUGUCCCUCGGCCGCUGCAUCUCAGCACACGAUCGACCGUAUCGCAAGUGGAGAUCGAUACGGACCUGUCGACGGUGUUCAAUACACUUAACGUAACCUACACACAAAAGCUGACGUCUCCGAAAUGGAAUCCGUUCAAAGGCAUCCGCCUGCGCUGGAAGGAGAAGAUCCGCCUGAACAAUGUUAUCUGGCGCUGCUGGCACAUGCAAUUUAUCAUGAAACGGAAAACUCUAGUCUGUCAGUUUGCUUCCCCUUUAGACGUAGACGUACAUAAUACCCCGCAGGCCAUUUUACUUGAAGGCAAGUACUGGAAGAGAAAAUGCAACGUUAUCAAGGCGGAGUACAAGAAAUGGCGACGGUUUAACGUAAAUAAAGCAUUAGGUGCAACUAACAUCGUCGAUACGAAUAGCGAAUUAGACUUCUUGGAAUGGUCUCCGAUCAGCAAUGAUCUGUUUAUGAUCACCGAUAAUAUGCCCACGGAUACACUCUUCUCAACACUAGCCCAGUAUCCGUUCCCUGACUCCAGAGAGAUAGCUAGGGGCGCCGGAAGAGCUGACUUUAUUCAGCCCAGCUUGGGUCCGCUGCAGCCCAAUCUGGACGAUUUGAUGGAUCUGGAUUUGGACUUUCUCACCUUCCCACGACUAGCCCCUGUGCCGGAGGAAGCAUCCGACGAUCUGCUGAAGGCGAUCGAUUACAACUACCCGCUCGGCUCCAAUCAACUGACCGGGAACACCGGUAGCAGUAUACAGGAGGUGACGGACACGGCGGCCGCAACCCAACCGUUAGCGGGAAACGCUUCCGGUGGUGGCAUCAGCCUCGGCCAACCACAGUUACCUGCGGCCCUCCAAUAUUCGGCCAAAAUUUUCGCCCAGGCAUUGCAUUCAUCAACCAGCGGCGGCAGCACAGCGUCCGCCACGACCGUGCCACCGGGCGGAUUUCCGACCGCUCAGCAGUUGAGCAACGCGCUCGACACCUACCUUUCGUCCCUUGGCCCCACCGUGGUGCAGCAAGUCAGUCAGGCGGCCAGCCAAGCUGCUCAAGCUCAAGUGCAGCAGCAGCCUCAAGGAUCAGUCGAUCCUCGCGACGAGCUCGCCCGUGGCGGCAAGUCAAAGUUUUCUCGCGCAUACACCAAGCACAACUACGACUCAAAGUAUCCACCGACGCCGCAUCAGACGAUGGCUUACAAUAUGGUCUCACAGCCCCACAUGGGGCAGCCGGCAAGCACCGGCAGUGCCAUGCUCGGGGCAAACACGGGCUACGCUACCUCUACCGGUGGUUUCCCGAGCUCGGUCCCGACGUCCGGCGGAACCAUACACCACCAGCUGGGCCCAACCAAUAGCAACGCAGGCGUACAGCAGCAGCAGCAGCAUCUUCAUUACAACCAUUCCGUGCUGCAGGGCGCGACCGCAUCGAAUCCCGUGAACCUUUCAAACAGUACGGGUGCCAACCUAGCUAACAGCGCCGGAGUCAGUGGAGGGAAUGGUUGUAGCGGUGGUCUCAACAGCCCUCCUCAGCAGCAGCAGCAGCAGGCGGUAAAUUCGGGGUUACUGAUGAAUCAAACCAUGAGCUCGAAGCUACUGACGCACAGUCAAUCGCUGCCGGUGCCACCAAUGGCGCAAGCGAAGGCUAUCGCACAGCCCCGGUCCACCUCGAUGCCCACCGCACCGAACUAUGGGCAGAUGUUGACCACACAACACUCGCCCCCGGGUAGCUUACACGCUUCGCAAUCGGGCAGCAGCUAUAAGUCGUACCACGGUCACCAGCCGCAGCCGUACAAGAUUCCGUCGCAAACGGUCGGUGCCGGUGGAUCGUACGGCAGUGGCGUAAGAGCGAUGCGCCAUUCUUCCCCUCCCCACGGCACAAUGCUCCAACCGACUGUCCUCUCAUCCGGUGGCACUCCCGGGGGUUCUGGUGCUGCUGGUCCAGUGGUCGGUCUAUCGCGCUCUCUGGAACAGUCGCAGCAACAGCUACAAGAUUUGCAACUCCAGCAGCAACACACGAUCAUUUCCUCAUCUUCAUCCGCCAUUCAACAGCAGCAACAGCAACAGCAACAGCAACAGCAACAGCAACAGCAACAGGCGCAGCAACAGAAACGUCAUCCACCGCAUCCGACCAAAGAAAUGUUUCGCUCAAAUAGUCUCCCGAUCAAUGCGACCUUUCCGCUGCCUCCGAAGGUGGAGGUGGACAACUUUGCCAUGCCCCGGUACCAGUCGCAGAAGGUGCAAAACAACGCAAAGCUUCGAACCCGAAGCCAUUCGAUGAUCAUGAAGCAACAAUCGGGCGGCGGUAGCAGUGGAGCUGCCGUUGCCGGUGGCAGUGGUCCCGGAGGCAACCUCGUCCUAGGAAUGGGUGGCAUCGGUGCCCCGAUUGGCGGUAGUUCGCAUCAACUGUCGGCACCGGCGCUUCACACAACCACCAGUGAACCGAUGCUCAACGUUACCAGCAGUGCGCUGCUCGCACAACUACUAACAACCAACAACGCAAGUACCUUACUGAGUAAACAGUCCCACAGUACAUCAUCAAGUGCCAUAAGUACCUUAACGCAGCAGACUCACUCGCAGCAGCAGCAGCAACAACAACAGUCAAACCCGUUUCAACCGGUUUCAAUGGGCACCGUGUCGCCUUCAGCAUCACACCACCAACUGCAGCAGCUGCAUCAGCAACAGGCACACCAACAGCAUCAACAGAUGUCGACGGCCGGUGCGGCAUCCGGUUCGAUGCGCCUGCAAGCGCAAAGCUCAUCGUCGGUCCUAAGCUUUGCCUCCUCGACCGGUAUGUCGCUUUCUCAGCAAAGCCUUUCGCCCGAAUCGGCGCACGAUACCGACGGUCCACUGUCGCCGACCGGCGCUGGUAAUGGGGGUGCUGGCAGUUCUUCCGGCGGAGCCGGUAGCAAGUUUGCCCGGAGCGAUAAUCAGCGGCGCACGGGGCACAUUCACGCGGAACAGAAACGUCGCUACAACAUCAAGAACGGGUUCGAUACGCUUCACUCACUGAUACCGCAGUUACAGCAAAACCCGAACGCAAAGCUCAGCAAAGCGGCAAUGCUACAGAAGGGGGCCGAUUACAUCAAGCAGCUGCGUACCGAGCGUACGUCGGCCAACGACCAGAUGGACUCGCUGCGCAGAGAAAUUGAACAACUAAACAACUCGCUGAGCAAUCUCCAGACGGCCCUGCCAGCCAGCGGUGCCCCCGUGUCCCGCCAGCGAACUGGUCGCGUGAAGGAACUAUACCAACAGUACGUUCGCGAGCGUACGAUGGACAAUUGGAAGUUUUGGAUUUUUGGUCUUAUUUUUGAGCCCCUGAUGAACUCCUUCAACCAAACGGUCUCCGUCGCCAGUAUGGACGAGGUGUGUCGUACCAGCCAGCUGUGGGUUGAUCAACACUGCUCGCUGGUAGAACUUCGGCCAGCUGUUUCGAACAAAUUGCGCCAGCUGUCCACCACCACGGACGUGCUCUCGGAUCCUCCCAGUUCGUUGCAGGAGGAGGUACUUAAGGCGAUCUCAACGAGCAGCCUCGUGCCGGGAGGCAGCACCGGCGGUGGCCAUUGCAGCCGUGGCAGCAGCACCGACACCAGCCCACAUCGGUCGUAGAGCGGUGCGGAGAUCGGGAAAAAUGGGUUUAGUUU